AUGUUUAUGGUCUGUCGCUAUAUUUUCAUUACAGUGCUUCAAAUGAGAGUAAAAAUUAGUAAUUUAACAUCAGAAAACUUCUGUCAUCUUAAUAAUACACUGACUGUGAUUGUUCUUUCAACGUGUCAGCAUGGAUUCACCGUGAAGUCAUUCUGCCUCAGGCUGAGCAUUGCAAAGGCAAUUAAAAAUACAUUACGAUAUUUGACAUGUGGCUGAUUAGAGCCUUUCAAGUGGUUGCUGUUGGACAUUAUUAAGCUAGCCUGGUGUAACAAGUCUCUUCCGUCAUUAUUUGUCCAAUGGCAGAGAGUAAAACAACAGUUCCUGAAUGUCAGAGUGAACAGGCUCUCAAUGUUCAUGUUUGACUGCAGUUGUUAUGCUAUGUCUUGGCCUCAGUGUCCCAUCAUGAUGUUAGAUUGAUGACAGCAGCCUGUGUGGAUCCAAACCUUCCUGCGAUGCCAGGAAUAAUAUUUUCUGUUUACACCAAUUCUGUUUGCUCUCUCCAGACUGAACUGAGUGAACAAAGCCGAUCAGAAUAUUUUUCCAGAGUGGGAGAAACCCAAGAGGCUUUAAACAGCCCCACGAAAACAAAGAAGACGCUGCUUCAAAAGAUAACCAAACAAGCCAGUGACCAGCAGCAGCAGCAGCGUGCUGACCAGAGAGCCUCCCCUGAAGAACAAAGACAGGAAUUAGGUCACAAAGAGACUUGGACUGUCCCAGAGACAGACCCCCUGGUGACAUGUCCCAGUGCUAUCUCUGAACCUAAGGCUCAGGUGAAGACUGUUCCUUCAGUCUUGGUUUCACACGAAAGAGAAACCAACAAGAGCAAAAGGCUACAAGUGAGCAGCCCUGAGGAAGACCCUCAACCACAGAGGACCAAGAGGACAUGUCUUGGAAGAGCUCCAGCUGAAACUCACUCCACUGAGAGCUCGACACAAACAUCCAAGCAUGACCUUCUUCCUUUGCCACCCCUUCCCCUGGUCCAAGCCAAGGCAGAGUCCAAGGCUUUCCCAGUCUCGGAGUGCACAGAAACCACACUGGAAGUAGAGCUGCUUACGCCAGGGAAACGCGCCCAGAGGCUCCCCCUCACAAGCAAUAACACGGCACAGACAAACCAAAACAGGCUGGCCGCAAGUCUGAGGGGCCUAUCUGUCAAGCCUGCAUCCUCAGGCUGCUCUAUUAGUUCCAGAUCCACUCGCGCAGAGGAGGGGAACGAGAGUGUGCCCAGAACCUCUAGAUUACGACGACUGAAGAGGUCCUGAGGGGGAGACACGAGUCGUCCCCUCCCAUCCUGGCGAACACUUGCAUUGGAACGCAUUGCCCUCGUCAUGGCAGGUGCCACCAUUGUUGCACGUGGCUUCAUCACAUUGGCUUUCGCCUGAAGGGAACAUUUAAAAAAAGGACUGUUUUGAGAU